AUGGAAGAUGAUUAUAUUCAAAAAGCCAGAGUCUCCCCACACUGGAUAUCUGAAGCCAAGACCUUCUGGUAUCGCCAGAAUCUAUCAUCCGAUAGAUUCGCCUUCAUUUACGUCAACGCCAUCGAGAAGCAGCGACGCCCAGCUUUUGAUCAUGACAAGCUAGCAAAGGUUCUUGGAGAGAAAACGAACCAGAAAGACGGAGAAAUCGAGGCUUUCAAGCUGCCCUUCACAUGGAUCGACCUCGAAAACGAUGUGUCAUCCGUUCGGUUUUUCCAUGAGGGAAAGAAAUGGUGUUUUGAUAUUGAGGGGAACCUCGGUGAGUGGGAGGCUUCGCUCAACCUGCCCAAGACGCCGUUCAUCUCGAAAGAGCGUGCAUCUGUGCGUUCAAACCACCCAGUCACUAUCACAUUUGUCAACAACAGCGAUGCGGACUUGAGAAAGUGUUGGAUAGAUUGGGAAGGCAAGUCGAUACCUUACGGAAAGAUUAGCCGUGGAGCAAGUGGUACCCAAAAGACAUAUGCAGGUCAUGUCUGGAAAUUUGUCGAUGACAAGUUAGCGACGGUCAAGGCAAUUUAUGCCACACCCGAGGAAGUCGUAUGUUCUGUGGUCAUUGAUGAACAAAGUAUGGAUGGGCUCAGCUCUCAGAGUUCAGAGGAAGAUAUUCCAGAGGACAAUGACGAGAAAGGGCGUUUAGACCCGAAUGAGAAGAGCCCAUUAGGCCUCUUCGUACGAGAUUUCGACCUUUGGCACCGCGAUGAAGACGAGAGAGAGUCACGUCUAUCCUACAACGGUACCAAUGAUAACCAAUACGACGAUUCGAAGAUCUGGGUGUCUCCCGACAAGAAGUUCUGCAUUGCUUGGCAAUUCGUUCCAGAGGAAGAUCAUCAAGUGCAUCUCCGCGACUCUGCUCCGAAAGAUCAGACUGAGCCACAAACAAAAAUUAUCCGCUACUUGAAGGCUGGCGAUCGCGUCAGAGUUGAUCGGCCUAGGUUGUUCGACCUGGAAUCGAAGAAAGAGGUUGCUACGAAUAGCACCCUGUUUCAUACCCCAUAUGAACUUCGAAAUAGUGGCUGGAAUCGUGACGCCUCCGAGUAUCGCUUCAUAUACAACGAGCGCGGCCAUCAACUUCUUCGCGUGGUAGGUAUCAACGUAGAAGGAGUUGUCAGAUCUCUAGUCGAAGAGCGCAGCGACACGUUCAUCGACUACUCCACGAAGCUCAAUCGGCAUUUGAUUAGAGAUACUGAUGAGUUCAUCUGGGCUAAGCAAGGGUACGUUGUGGUUCAAAUUGACGGUAUGGGAACCAACUGGCGAUCGAAGAAGUUUCAUGACGUAUGUUGGAAGAAUCUCAAGGAUGCUGGAUUCCCCGACCGCAUAUCCUGGAUCAAAGCCGCAGCAGAGACUCGGCCAUGGAUGGACACAAGUCGAGUAGGGAUUUUUGGGGGCUCGGCAGGCGGUCAAAAUGCCGUGGGAGCGCUUUUGUUCCAUGGCCACUUUUACAAAGCAGCUGUUGCCGAUUGCGGAUGUCACAAUAACCGCAUGGACAAGAUCUGGUGGAACGAGCAGUGGAUGGGGUAUCCAGUCGACAAGUCAUAUGAAGACUCAUCCAAUGUGGUCCAUGCUAGCAAGUUGACGGGAGCGUUAUUACUGAUUGUUGCUGAGAUGGAUGACAAUGUCGAUCCCGCAUCUACUUUGCAGUUGGUCAAGGCUUUGAAUGACGCAGACAAGGACUAUGAAUUUCUCUACAUGCCUGGUGCUCAGCAUUGUUCAGGGCGGACGAAGUAUGCUCUCCAGCGGCAAGAGAGAUUCUUCAGACGACAUCUCCAAGGCCCAGGGUAA